UGGCCAGACCAACCUAAGUCUGGAUCUCUCUCUUUUUUUUUUUUUUUUCAGGGUAAGCGGCGAGGUCGGGCGGACACACGGCAGGCGAUGCGGGUUGCGGGAUAGGUUACGGCAGCGAUGCAGUGGAAAGCGCGAGGGCAGCGCUGCCCAGAAGAGCGCAAUGCAGCGAUUCGGCGGGCAGUUGCAAUCGGGGGGUCGUCGGGACCCAAUGUUUCCACGUCGGGCCAAGGUAUCCGUAGCUGCUGCGACUGGAGUUUGUGCGAUCCAGGUUAGGUAAGGCGUGGAUUGCACGACGAUACCUAUGUAG